AUGGAAAUCUUUAAGGAAAUUUUUGUUACUAAACAAAAUGAUGUCAAUUCUAAUAAAGAUCGUCUAUUACCACUUACAACUAAGACUAAAGUUUUUCUACUUCAAACAUUUGAAAAGGUUUAUAGGAAUCUUAGAAAAAGCAAAAGCAUCCAGACGGCCAAAGGAGAAUAUCGAUUUCGUCUUGCAAGUUUGAACAUCGUGGCAAACAAGAAACAAAUGCCAUUAGGGUUUAGUAGUAAUCGUAUACCAUCAAGAGAUAAAUGUGACUAUUGCGGCAUGCUUUUAAAUAUUUCAAUUCAGAACCCUAUCGUACUUGCAUACGGCCACAGAUAUCAUGAACAUUGUCUUAAUAUGUUUUUUCAAAAAUGUUUUUAUUGUCAAAUUUUUCUUGAACAAGGUGUUCAACUAAACAUUUCUUCUUUAAUCACACAACUAACAAAACAGGAUGUCAAGGAUCUUGUAGAAGGUGAUCAAGAAUCUAAAGGUCAAAAGAAGACAAAAGAUACUGAUGCAAAAAAUUUGUCUUCAGAAGAUGAUAUCCUUACACAGUUGAAAAAGAAUGGAAGCGUAUUAAAUAGGGUCGAAGAGGCUUGUAAUAUAGCUUUGGAUAAAUUUUUAAAAGCCUAA